AUGUGGCUCCUGGCAUCGCUCGAGCGCCAUCCAACCUGCUUUCGCCUCUACUUCCUCGUCAGCGGUGGACUGAUGAUUAUAUUCAAUGCCGUGUUCGGCUCUACGUACAUCAUUUCCGUUCUCAAUACCCCUGAAGGCUGCCAGGUUACGACAACACCAGGUUGUUCUAAUGCCAUCGCCAUUCCGGCCCUUCAGCUUCUGUGCCACCAGCAGUACGGCUACUACGUGGUCUACAUUGUACUGGAAGUUCUUGCGGCUCUCGGUCUCUUUGGUGUCAGUAUUUCUUACAUGAUCGCCUUUCUCUUAAAAGGCGCCCCAUGCAACCCCCUUAGCAACCAGGGGUGUCUCGCGGUUCUUGCCAUGGACGGUUUCGUUUACCUGGCAGGCUUGUUGCAACUUGUCCAAUUAUGUGAAACUAUUCAGCGUCAUCAUCACAGUGACGACGGAUGGGCUUCUGAUGAAGAAUUCGAGCUGGCGCCUGGUUUCACCUUCAGCCAAAACGAGCAAGACGAGUGCGAGAAGGACAGACUCGGUGAUGCGCGGAAGAAAGCCAAAGCUAAACAAAAGAAAGAGAAGGCGGACACAGAAGCAGCCAAGCGCAGGUUUCGACACGAGCACGAGAGAGCCAAAGCUAAACGAAGAGCGCGGGCUGGAGGCGCGAGAUCCGAGGAUCGCGGGGCAGAGAGAAACGAGGGCAUUCCAGAUACAAUACAGAACGGGGAGAUGGAGAACACCCCCGUCAGCACGGAAAUGCAGAAGGGCUAUCACGCUCACAACCUCGGCACGCGCAACAUCACGCCCAAUAUGGGAGACAUGAUACUCGACAUGGGAGGCAUGAGUCUCGACACCGGAGGCAUGAUCUUGGACCGACCGCCGGGGCUCAACAGCAACGGGAGCCUCAAAGGACGGCAAGUCUCUCAACCGAACUCGGAUUAG